AUGGCUACCCCCAGUGUCCUCACUUUUGACGCUGAGGACGGCCUCUCUCUCUUUGACCUUACCUCUAACGCUUCCCCUGCCCCUGCUGCUGAUGCUGACGCCACUGUUCGCUCCCAGUGGGCCACGCGCGACGCUGCUGCACGUCUUGCUGUGCGUCGCCACCUCCCUACCUCCGAGCGUGCGCACUUUAGUCAGUACAAGAGUGCUCAGACCUUGUACGACGCUGUAGUCGCGCGCUACUCCUCCCCUGCCACUGCUGCACUGAGCCGUCUCAUGCUACCGUACCUCUUCCCUGACCUUGCUGCCUUUCCCACCGUGGCUGACCUCAUUACGCACCUCCGCACUAGUGUCACUCGCUACCGCGCUGCACUCCCUGCUGACUUCUGCGCCAAAAACCCCCCCCCCAUGUACAUCACUCUGUACUUCCUAGUCACUCGCCUUCCUGACUCCCUUCGAGUAGUCAGGGACCACUUUCUCUCAGUCUGUCCCACCACACUCACUCUCAACCUCCUCGAGAAGGCCCUCUUAGCAGCGGAGAAGAGUAUAGUUGAUGUAGGAGCCUCUCGAGGUGACCCGCGCACCCCCAUCUUUGAGGGGCGUUCCCCCUCCCCCCUGCUGCCCUUUGUUGCCUCUGCUGCUACGGCCGACCUCCUUGGUCUUGAGUCGGUCGGUGCGGCGUCCACCCGUAGCGGGAGACGCCGCCCUAGCAAGGGCAAGGGGGUCAAGGGAGCUGGAGGAGCGGGCGGUGGAGGUGGAGGUGGAGGCGGUGGGGGGAGUGGGGGUGGUGGUGGGAGUGGAGGUGGGGGUGGGGGGGUCGGUGGCGGCAGUGGAGGCAGAGGCGGCGGCGGCGGUGGCGGUAGGAGCGGAGGUGGCGGAGGAGGCGGCGGUGGAGGCGGCGGCGGAGGCGGCGGCAGCAGCGAAGGCGGCGGAGGCGGCGGAGGCGGUGGGGGUGGCGGUAGGAGCGGAGGUGGCGGAGGAGGCGGCGGUGGAGGCGGCGGCGGAGGCGGCGGCAGCAGCGAAGGCGGCGGAGGCGGCGGAGGCGGUGGGGGUGGCGGUGGAGCUGGUUGCGGGUCUUCGCAGAGGAGUGGCUCCGGUGGUGGCUCGCGCCAGCAGCAGCAGCGCGGUCAUGAGACCUUGUCCCCUCAGCAGCUCCGUGAGUGGUACACUGCACGCCAGCGGGGUGGGGGUUUUGGUCCGUGCACCCACAUCCUGCGCACCGGCGACCGUGCGGGUGAGCAGUGUGAGGGCACGCACCCCACCCAGCGCUGCUUUGGCCGCGUGACGGACGCGUGGCGUCACCAGUUCCCAGAGGCCUCAGAGAUCCCUCGCUGGGGCGAGCUGUCUAGGGCGGGUGUUGCCAUCUUUGAUCUUGACUUUGAUGCUAUUCUCUCUGCCAUGUAUUCUGUGUCUACUAGUGAUGAGGGUGACUGUUACCGCUAUUUCCCGCCCGAUCCGGGCAUUGAGUCUGUUGCUCUAGGUACUGGUGCGGCUGCUGCCCUAGGUGCUUGCGACGUUACUGCUCUAGGUGCUAGUGUGUCUGCGUCCUCACGUACUGGUGAGUCUGCGCUCUCAGGUACUACGUUGGCUUCGGCCUCCCUCACCUUCACCCUUGACUCUAGGGCGUCUCGCUACUUCUUUUGGGACCGCACCACAUUCACGCCGCUCAAUCGGCCGGUUGCGGUGUCUUUGGCUGACCCCUCCGGGGGUCCUGUACUGUCUCGCUUCUCCACAGUCCUCCCGUGUCCAGCGGCUCCCUCUGGCACCCUGUCUGGUCUUUACCUCCCCUCGUUCGCGACAAACCUGGUGAGUGGUGCUGACCUACAGGAUGCAGGUGUCCACCAGUUCACUCCUGCGCGUCAGCGAGUGACACACUGCACAAAGGCUAGCACAGGCCGACACCUGGCUACGUUCACCCGUCAGCCGGGGUCGAGCCUGUACACUCUGACCACUGCGUCUCCUCCAAUUGCUAAGUCUGGUAAGGUAGCUGAGUCGGGUCAGGUGUUUGCUGCGGCGUCCAGGUCUGGUCCUGAGUCUGCCCCCUGUUCGUGUCGUCUCCUGUCUCACGAGACUCUCCUCUGGCACCACCGCCUUGGCCACCCCUCACUGCUUCGGCUCAGAGGCAUGGCCUCUCGUCUUCUUGUGUCUGGUCUCCCCUGGUCCCUCCCUCCCCUUCCUCAGGGCGGUGGCCCUACCUGUGUCCCCUGUGUCGAGGGGCGCCAGCGUGCUGCCCCUCACUCCUCCCAGUUUCCUCCGACAGACGCCCCGUUGCAGACGCUUCACAUCGACGUGUGGGGCCCAGCCCGCAUACGUGGACAGGGUCACGAGCGCUACUUCCUGCUCGUUGUUGACGACUACUCGCGUUACACCACAAUCUUCCCCUUGCGCAGCAAGGGUGAUGUCAGCGGAGAGUUCUCCUCUGGCCUUCUGCGAGCCUACUGUCGUGGACGAGGCAUCCGUCAGACCUUCACGCUUCCGGACUCACCGCAGCAAAAUGGGAUUGCUGAGCGCCGCAUUGGCAUGGUCAUGGACGUCGCUCGUACGUCUAUGAUGCAUGUGGCUGCCCCCCAUUUUCUGUGGCUGUUUGCGGUGAGGUACGCGGCGCAUCAGAUCAACCUCCACCCCAGAGUCUCCAGGCCGGAGACCUCCCCAGCCUUGCUGUGGACGGGGAAGGUUGGCGAUGCGUCAGUGUUCCGGGUCUGGGGAUCUCGGGCGUUUGUCCGCGACUUGUCUGCGGACAAGCUGUCCCCUCGUGCUGCUCCUUGCGUCUUCCUGGGGUUCCCCCCUGACGCGCCUGGGUGGCAAUUCUACCACCCCACCUCUCGACGUGUUCUGUCCUCCCAGGACGUCACGUUUGACGAGUCGGUCCCCUACUACCGCCUCUUCCCCUACCGCACUUCGUCCCUCCCCCCACCCCCACUCUUCCUUGUAUCAGGUCCCCCCCAGGUAGACUCCCUUCCCCCUCAGGGUCCUGCCCUUUCAGGUGUGUCCCAGGUAGACGCAGUCAAGCCUGUCGAGGUCACUGGUGACUCUGGUGCUGCAGGGGGUGCUGAGCCUGGGGGCGCUAGACCUAGGGGUUCGGAGUCUGGUGGUGCUGAGCCUCGGGGUGCUACGUCUUGGGGUGCUGAGCCUGGGGGUGCUGAGCCUGGGGGUGCUGUGUUUGGGGGUGCUGCGACUGGGGGUGCUGAGCCUGGGGGUGCUACGCCUGGGGGUGCUGAGCCUGGGGGUGCUGAGCCUGGCGGUGCUACGCCUGGGGGUGCUGAGCGUGGAGGUGCUCCGCCUCGAGGUUCUCCGGGUGCUUCUUCUCGCCGGGAGCCCCUCUCUCCACAAGAGCUGCGUGAGUGGUUUGCCCGGCGCUGGCGCCGUUCUGCUAGUGCUGGAGGUUCUUCGACUACUGAGGGUGUUGCGGUCGCGGUUCCCGGAGGUGCUCGUACUGGGAGUACUGGAGCUGCUGGGCCUACGGGUUCGACUGGAGCUGGUGCUGCUGAGGGUCGUCGUGAGCCUGCGUUUUGUCCUGCGUCACCUGUUCGUGCUGCUCACACUAGUGGUUGCGGUUCGCGCCAGCGUCCUCCUCCUGUCCCUGGCACGCACCGGAUGUCUCUGCGUCCGUCUACUGCUCCUCUGCGUGCCCCUUUGCCUUCCCCUUGUGAGUCCUCUCUUCCUGCUCUUGCGGACCCUGAGUCGGACUCUCUUCGUGCUGCUAGUCGUACUGUCACGCGUCUCCUUGCUACUGCCAUCACUGACCCUUCUUUCGAGUCUACUGCUGCGUCUGCUCUCGUUACUGAGCUCGUCGACUUUGCUGCUCGUUGUCGCUUAGACUACGCCACUAGUCUUGUCGCUGAGUCUGAGUCUGUCUGCUCUCCGUCCGUCGGGGGUGAGUGUGCUCUUGGCACGGACGUCCUUGAGGAUAGGCAGGAGGAGUUCCAGAGUCUGGCGGCUGCUUCACCUCAUCUCAUGUCCAAGGCAGCUAUGGAUGCAGAGAUGGCUUCCUGGAAGUCCACAGGCACCUACGUUGACGCUGUCCCCCCUCCUGGGGCGAACAUCGUCAGCGGCAUGUGGAUCUUCAGGGUGAAGCGGCCGCCGGGUUCUCCGCCUGUCUUCAAGGCGCGUUACGUGGCUCGUGGUUUCAGUCAGCGGCAGGGAGUUGACUACUUUCAGACCUUCUCCCCCACCCCGAAGAUGACCACUCUUCGGGUAUUACUGCACGUUGCUGCUCACCGUGACUACGAGCUGCACUCUCUCGACUUCAGCACAGCUUUCUUGCAGGGCAGCCUGCACGAGGAGAUCUGGCUGCGCCGCCCACCUGGCUUCAUUGGGUCUUUCCCUCCUCGUACCCCAUGGAGUCUCCGGCGUCCAGUCUACGGUCUCCGCCAGGCGCCACGAGAGUGGCACGACACACUGAAGACUACACUUGCGGCUCUUGGGUUUGCUCCUUCUACUGCCGACCCGUCGCUGUUUCUACGCACCGACACCUCUCUGCCGCCGUUCUACAUCCUCGUGUACGUCGACGGCUUGGUCUUUGCCACAGCUGAUUCUGCUAGACUCGCCUACGUGAAGUCCGAGCUGCAGAAGAGACACACGUGCACUGACCUGGGUGAACUGCGCAGCUACCUUGGCUUGCAGAUCACCCGGGACAGAGCACGCCGCACCAUUACCCUGACUCAGUCACACAUGGUGCAGCAGGUCCUUCAGCGCUUCGGCUUCACGUACUCCUCGCCUCAGGCCACUCCUCUGCCUACUCGCCACUCGCUCUCAGCUCUGCCUUCGGAUGAGUCCGUAGAGUCGAGUGGCCUUUAUCCAGAUCUUGUUGGCUGCCUCAUGUACCUGAUGACCUGCACACGACCUGACCUUGCAUACCCUCUUAGCAUUCUCGCACGCUAUGUUGCUCCUGGGAGACACCGACCAGAGCAGAUGGCUGCAGCGAAGAGGGUGUUGCGCUACUUGUGCAGUACGUUGGGCAUGGGGCUUGUGCUUAGAGGGUGGAGUCCAGUGGUCCUCACUGGACACGCGGACGCUUCUUGGGCUGACGACCAGGCUACGCAGCGGUCGUCACAGGGUUACACCUUCAGCCUUGGUUUCGGUUAUGUUUCGUGGCGGGCUACUCGCUCGUCUUCUGUUAUCGGCUCCAGUUGUGAGGCUGAGAUCUACGCCGGGGCCAUGGCUGCACAGGAGCUUUGCUGGCUCACCUACCUGCUGAUCGACCUUGGAGAGCCGCCUCGUUCUCCUCCAGUCCUGUACGUAGACAACAAGGCCAUGCUGGUCUUGUGUCGAGAGCAGCGAGUGGAGCACAGAACAAAGGACAUUGCUCUCCGCUACUUCCUUGCUCGUGAGCUACAGCAGCGUGGACAGUUGCGGCUUGCGUACGUGGCCUCUGAGGCCAACACUGCUGAUGUCUUCACCAAAAGCACUUGCGCCUUGUGA